AAUAAAAAAUUUUUUUGAAAUGCUCUAUGCUCAACAUGAAUUUUAUGAGCAAUAAAACAAAGUUCAAAAAUAUCAAGCAAGUCAACGACAAACGCAAAAGAAACAGCAACAGCGACAGCGACAACAACACUUACAAAGUGAAAAGUACGCCAAGUGUGCAGAGACAAGUUAAAAGCCAAUCGGAUUAAAACACAGCGAUUUUUAUUUUGGAUUAAAGCACAGCCAAGGCGCUAACAAACAACAACAACAACAACAAGAAAGUAAUACAGCUACAACAAAAAAGUAUUCGGAAUUUCGUUGGCGCCGCCAAAAGACGAAUUUAAACAAAAAACUAAAAGAAAAGUGAAAAAAGACUUUUGUGGAGAGAACAAAAAUAAUAAAAACAAUGGCAGACAGCACAGCAGCACACACAGAAGUGCAAGUGGAGCAGCCAGAAAAGAAAUUGGAGGCAACUAUCAUAGACAUUCCAGCGAGCGGCACAACAGCAUCACCCACACCGAUAACAGUUUCGUCCUGCUCGUCGUCCUCGUCCUCAUACGACACAGACUGCAGCAUGGCGAGCAGCACCUGCUGCACCCGUCAGGGGGAACACAUUUACAUGCAACGAGCCAUUGUCUGCGAACAGCAGACAGCAGUGGCAUCCACAAGCUCAACGUCCUCCGCCAGCGGAGGGUCCACCACACAUCUGGAGGUCGACGAGGUGGCGCUGCUAAAGGCCGAGCAUCGCAAACAUUGGCCCUGGUUCAUACUCCUGAUCUCCAUAAUCGAGAUCGCCAUUUUUGCCUACGAUCGCUAUACAAUGCCCGCACAGAACUUUGGACUGCCGGUGCCCAUACCCAGCGACUCGGUACUGGUCUAUAGGCCUGAUCGACGCCUGCAGGUCUGGCGUUUCUUCAGCUACAUGUUCCUGCACGCGAAUUGGUUCCAUCUGGGCUUCAAUAUCAUCAUUCAGCUCUUCUUCGGCGUCCCCCUGGAGGUGAUGCAUGGCACAGCACGCAUUGGCGUCAUCUAUUUGGCCGGAGUUUUUGCCGGUUCUCUGGGCACCAGUGUCGUCGACUCAGAGGUGUUUCUGGUGGGCGCCAGUGGUGGUGUUUACGCACUACUAGCCGCUCACUUGGCCAACAUCACGCUGAAUUAUUCGCACAUGAAGUCCGCCUCAACGCAGCUCGGAUCGGUUGUGAUAUUUGUUUCCUGCGAUCUAGGCUAUGCCCUCUAUACCCAAUAUUUCGAUGCUGCUGCAGCGCCCGCCUUUACGAAGGGCCCCCAAGUUUCUUACAUUGCGCACUUGACUGGCGCCUUGGCGGGUCUUACGAUUGGCUUCCUGGUGCUCAAGAACUUUGGCAAUCGUGCCUAUGAGCAGCUGAUCUGGUGGCUGGCAUUGGGCGUCUAUUGCGCCUUCACGGUGUUCGCAAUUGUCUUCAAUCUCAUCAACACGGUCACCGCACAACUGAUGGAGGAGCAGGGCGAGGUGAUUACACAACAUUUGCUGCACGACUUGGGCGUUUCAUAAGCAUUCUGUAUCGUCGCACCCUCCAGGAGAGAAUAAGAGAAUGAACUCACACACACACACUCACACACCCACACACUCACACACACACAUAAACUCAUCUAGACAGAGAAACAGUUUGCGUAAAAAUUUAGUUAAAAACUAAAUCGAUAAUUGUUCGUUCGGCUUCACAUCACUUUGCAUUCGAGUUUAAAAUCUGUACGUUUCAUUUCAUUUCUUAUUUUGCGUAAGAGUCGCAAGCAAAACAACAACAACACCAACAGCAACAACAACAGCAGCAGCAGCAGCAGCAACAACAACAACUGUUGUAACUACAAUAACAACAACAACGAGCCGAAAAACGUGUAAACAAAUGUUGUGAUAAAACCAAAGACUGAAUUUAUUUCGCGUAUUAACUUCUAAAAAGUAAUCGCCACUCGCUAUGAUUUCUAUAUCUAUUUA